AUGCCUCCGACCAAGGAGAGGAGACCGCCUUGCGACAGGUUCACAGACGCUUCAGCUACAGCCAUCUCUUCUGGCUUUGCAGCUGUCAUGGCCCUGGGUCCACAGCCAGCGGGUCCAGGAGACAAGAUCACUUCACAUCCCAGAUCGAGCGCGUCGGGAUCCCCAGACAUGUCUCCUGCUCAAGCUUCCAUCCUAUUCCCAUCCUACUGCGACCCUACUCCGAGACCGCCGUCUACCGGCAACAGAGAUCGCUCGCGCAACUUAGCCGAAGAGGUCGAUGGAGAAGACGACUCGGAUGCGGAUGAGGUACGUUGUGGUUCGUGAUUGCAGCUCCCCUCGGCAGGCAAGCAGGCCACGUCCUGACUCUGCAAGACUUGGCUGCUCUUUUCACGCGCAGGACGAAGGGCGAGAUGGCGAGGUGCAAGGCGAUGACAAGCCGAAUGGCCGCCAAAAGGUGGCUGGAAACAAGAAGCGCAAAGCGACCGGCAUAGAGGCGUGAGUGUACGCUGGACUGCAACGCACAUUAGCUGAGAGGUGUCGCGAUGUGCUUGCUGACUCGAGGUGAGAUGCGACAUCCCUCCAUGUUGUAUGCGGCCGACAGCUCUGCGGAUGACCGCAAGGCGCAGAAUAGAAUCGCCCAGCGCGAAUUUCGCCAGCGCAAACAGCAGUACAUCCGAGGUACGUCGCAUCGUCAUCAUCCGCCUUCAGAAAUGAGGGGAGCCAUUGAAUUCCUCUCGUCUUGCAGCUCUCGAGGCUCGCGUGGAGCUCCUCUCUUCGGAUCACGACACCCAAGUGGACAGGCUCCGAUGGGCUCUCAGAGGCUUGCUGAGCGAGAACAACCUCUUGCGUUCCAUGCUUGGCAAUUUUGCUGGGUUCAUCGGCGAUAGCAUGCUCGGCGGUCCUCUGCAGAAAGCAGGCAUGGACCGUGCCACUCUUGAGGAGCUCAUAAGCACACGAAGCGAGAAGAGUGAGUCGGCUGUAGGGACAAUUUAACUUGUGCCCCACAUGCUAAGCUCGCUCCCAUGCUGGGCCGCGCAGCAAUGACUGAACGCUGGCAGCACUGGCCUGGCGCUAAAGAGGUCAGUGAAGCGGGGAUCGAUUUCGAAACCUUGACUUGCUGACUUUGACGGCUUCGCUUCAUCUUCUCCCAGAGCGAAGCUCUAAAACAGCUGCGCUUGGACGCUAAGCUGCCACCUGAGGGGCUGCCAGAAAGCUCACGCCUGCCCAAGCCUCGAGCGGAGGAGCAUCCAGACGUGACCGCCCACAAAGACGGCUCGGUGUCAAAGAAGCGCAAAGCAAGCGCUGAAUCAGCUCAAGACUCUUCUCAGAGCUCAAGGGACAAGUCUCCACCACAAGCCACCAAUCUUUCCGAUCUCUUCAGUAUGGGAUCAAUGAGGGCAAUGAGCCCGGGAGGCAGCACCGCGCUGCUUACGGAGCCAGUGACAGCGUCUACGAGCGCGCUUCCUCCCGCUUUGAUGACAAAUUCUGCAGACGCUGGCCACCACUUUACACCCAGAGACUUUGGGUUAGGAGGCUUCUCCGCCACGUCCAGUUCAGGCACCAGCUCAUGUCUGAGCUCUUUCAAUAUGGGUGAUACCGACGCGCUCUUGGCUGGUCUCUUUGGAGAAGGACCCAUCACUUUGACGGCUGAGCCAAGUCGAUCAACCUCUAGUCAUGCCACUGCUCCACAAGACUCGCCUUUCGGGCUCGCUGUGCUCGAUGCGCACAAGUCUGGAGACCGCAGCAAGAAGCCCGAGGUUGUAUCAUCCGCCUCGGUGGAUUCUAGCCCGUUCGCAACCUCGCUCCCGCAAGGUCACAAUUUCGACUCAGAUUUCCCUUCCGAGAGAUGGCAGUACCUCAUCCAUCGUAUGAACGCUCAGAGGAAGCAGUUUGGGCGUCACGACUUCAUCGCAACGUUGCCAGGAGUUGACACCGAAAGAAUCAUCAAGAUAUCAGCCGCGGAUAAAGCAAGAUUGGAUGCGGCCACGUUGGUGCCGCCAGGGCGUGUGCGCUCGCCUCAAGAGAUUUCAGAUGUGGCCGAGGCUGCAGUGCAAGUGAGCAGCCCUGAGUUGCUUCAUUAUGGGCCAAUCAUGUCUGACGCCAUUCUCUGCUCGUUGUACACUGUAGAUGAUAUAUCAUCUCGUGCGCCUAGCAUCUUGAUCGUUCAACGCAUGCGCUGCCGCUGAAACAUUCCCCUCUGAUUCGCAGAACAAUUUUCAGCGGAAUCGCUCUUAUGCUCUGCCCGAGAUCAUGAGGCACUCGGUCAUCCAGCGCAAGGUUCCGCAUGACAAGCUUUUGGACGCCAUACCUUUUCCUGGAGUGCGCGACAACUUGAUUCUCAAGGAGCGUGAGUAUUGUGCUUGUCGGUCGAAGGUGGGGGGGUCGUCUUGAAUUUGCUAAACAUGACGGACGUUACUCUGGCGCUAUCAGAUGAGUACAAUGUCGAAGAAGUCAUUAUUGGUCUGACAGAGUACACCCGAUUACAUGGCGAAGUAAGUCAUGUGCUGGUCAUGCAAACCGCAUCAUGCAUGUCGCAGAGGCUCAUGCUUGGCAUUUUUUUGUUUCAGGAUCCGAUGUUGAUGGCAUCUUGGGAGCUCGAGCUGCCCUUCAUGAUCCAGUACCCGUAAGUCUCAGUGGUGCACCAAGCUUGCACACCCGUUUGCGGCCAAACAACUGACCGAGCUUUGUCACCUACAGCGAGCUGGUCGACGAGCUGUCUCUCAUCAAUACAAACAGGUGGAGAAGCACGCGCCACGAGACUCAUAUCGAUCCCAGCUCCUUGGUAAGCUGGAAGGCGCAAAAAAGAGCCGCUAAAGGGACAGGCAGCACUUUUUGA